AUGCGGCUGAACUUCCUCCGAGAGGGAUGCCGCUUCUCCUUCCAGAUCCUGGGCGCCCUGAUCCUGGGCUUCGGGGUGUGGAUCGUGGUCGACCGAAGCAGCUUCAUGGCUAUCCUACAGACCUCGUCUGACUCGCUCAAGGUGGGGGCCUACUUCUUCAUCUCCGUGGGCAGCCUCACCAUGCUCAUGGGCUUCCUGGGCUGCAUUGGCGCUGUCAACGAGGUCCGCUGCCUGCUGGGGCUGUACUUUGCCUUCCUCCUCCUGAUCCUUGUCGCCCAGGUGGCCGCCGGGACCUUCUUCUACUUCAAGAUGGGCAAGGUGAAGCAGGAGAUGGGGGACAUCGUCCUCAAACUCAUCAGGAACUACAGGGUCAAUGGCAGCCAUGAGGACAGCCUCCAGGAGACCUGGGACUAUGUUCAGGAGCAGGUGGAGUGCUGCGGCUGGGUCAGCUUCUACAACUGGACGGAGAACGCCGAGCUCAUGAGUCGCACCAACACCACGUUCCCCUGUUCCUGCGAGGACAGGCGGGGUGCCACGGAUAGGCUGGCACAGACGGGCUUCUGCGAGAGGCCCAGCAACGGCACCCAGGGCAUCAACGACCCGGCGCAGUGGCCCGUGUACCAGGAGGGCUGCAUGCAGAAGGUGGAGGCGUGGCUGCAGGAGAACCUGGGUGUCAUCCUAGGUGUGUGCGCGGGAGUCGUCUUCAUUGAGGUGCUCCAGCAGCAUCCACCAGGUGGCGCCACUGCCUCAGCCAAGGAGCCCAGACCCGGGACAGUGCCCACCUGGGCUCACGUCAUGGAGCUGAUGCCCUUUUAUAGUGACGGAGUCCAGCUGCCCCUGUGA